AACCCAAAAACCCUUAGAAACCCAGAACAGCGUCAACUCCAAAGAUUGACAAUCUCCGAGACCCCCAAAAGAAGAAAAAAGAAUCACCCUUUUCUUCUCACUGUAGUAACCCUGAAACCCAUUCUCUUUUCUGUCAUUAUUCCUCUGCCAUAACAAUGAAAGAAGCAGAAAAUGGACCGCCGAAUAGAGAACUCUAUGCUUUGCUUCACAUAUCUCCACAAGCCUCAGACGAAGAAAUCCGAAAAGCUUAUCGUCAAUGGGCUCAAGUCUAUCACCCCGAUAAAUACCAAGCUCCCCAGAUGAAGGAAAUUGCUACAAAAAACUUUCAACGGAUAUGUGAAGCCUAUGAAAUUUUAUGUGAUGAGACUAAAAGGCAGAUAUAUGACAUUUAUGGUAUGGAAGGGUUAACUUCAGGUUUGGAACUUGGUCCAAAACUGAAUAAAGUGGAAGAGAUUAAGGAAGAACUUGAAAGACUGCGGCGUCAGAAGGAACAAGAGAAGGUGUCAGCCCAUGUCCGACCUUCUAGUUCAAUUCUGGCAAAUUUGUCGCUGCCACGGUUUCUAGAUGGUGAAGGCAUCAUGAAAGGCAUGGGUAUGACAAGUGAAGUUCAAUGUCAAAUCUCGAAACGUAAUGCUAUUGCUGUUGGCGGGAAUCUGGCAGUUACUGGGAAUGCAGGUGGUGGUGCUGCCUCUGUUGUCCUUAGGCAUCAGAUAUCUUCUGCUUCUUCCAUAGAAUUCAUGUGCUCUGCUGGUCUACGGGCGCUAAUUGGGGUGCAAACAUCAUGCCAACUGUCCCCUCACUCAACUGCAACAAUGGGCAUUGCUAUGUCUUUAAGAGAUGGCUCAGUCAAUCUUUCUAAUGUUUGGACUCGUCAACUCUCCGAGACAGCAAAUGGAAAUAUACAACUUGUUUUAGGUUCGGAAUCAUCUGUAGCUGUUGGAUGGCAAAAGAAAGAGCAGAAAAUGUCUGCUGCUGGAGAGAUUAAGAUUGGCACAAGCUCCUUUGGUGCAUCAGCUCAUUAUACUCACCGCUUCUCCUCAAAAUCUCAUGGGCGUAUUGCAGGCAAAGUGGGAAGUGCUGCUCUUGAAUUUGAAGUAGGGGGUGGACGGAAAGUAUCUGAUUUCAGCACUGUCCGCAUGAUGUAUUCAAUAGGAAUUCAGGGUAUUUUCUGGAGAUUUGAAUUGCAUCGUGGAGGCCAAAAGUUGAUCGUUCCUAUUCUUCUUUCCAGGCAUUUGAACCCUGUAUUUGCGACUGGAGCAUUCGUUAUUCCUACAUCACUUUAUUUUGUGCUCAAGACAUUCGUUGUCAAACCAUAUUACCUUAAACGGGAAAAGCGGAAAGCAUUGAAGAAUAGAGCAGAAACUGUGGCUCAGGUUCAAGAGGCGAGGGCAGCAGCUGAAAAAGCUCAGCAGUUACUACAAAAUGUGGCCAAUAGGAAAAGGAGCAGGCAACUAGAAACAGGUGGACUGGUUAUCACAAAAGCUGUAUAUGGAAAUCGUAAAUCUUUGAAGAAUAAAGAUAAUUCAGAAGAAACAAAAGAUGAAGUGGCUUCACAGACCAUGGAUGCCACUUUACCCCUAAAUUUUCUGGUUAAUGAUUCUGGGCAACUUAAGCUUCACGAGGGGGUAAAGAAGUCGGGCAUCAUGGGUUUUUGUGACCCCUGUCCAGGAGAACCUAAGCAGUUACUAGUAGAGUACACUUACGGUGGCAACAAAUAUGAGGUGGUUGUUGAUGAUUAUGAAGCACUGCUCAUACCUCAGGAAGGACACACAGUCUGAAUUCCAUUCAAGGUACUGAAACAGAUUUCUUGUGCCCCCAACACAAAAGAAAAUGAAAAUAUGAUGGAAAUGAAAAACGGAGAGAAAGAAUGAAAGAAAUAAAAAACGAAAGAGAUAGAACCGUGGUAACCUUUUUGCAAUUUUGCAUGCAUUUGACAUGCCCCUGGGUGCCUUCGACUUGAUCACCCUGUCUUGUUUUUGUUUUCUUUCUUUUUUUUCUCCCCAUAAAAAUUGUACCUAAGAACUGCAUUGGAGAGCAACUUGUUUUGUAUUGUGUAAUUGAUUUUGAUAGUGAUGAAUUGAAGGCAACCUGAUUCUUUGUCAAGAACCAUGAACUACUUUCUCAUUGGGGCAGUUAAUUU